UUUCCAUCUAGUCCCUCAUUCAAAUUAAUGCUUCUAAGUUAGCAAGCUUACUUUGGAAAAAUACUUGGAGAUGCACUCUACAGAUUUAUACCUUUGAAAUGAGUGUCUUCUCCUUUGAUUUGAUGGGCUCCUGGCAUGAAAAAUCACAGAUUUUAAUUGAUAAGAAUGAAGAUUUGUUUUAUUUCAUGCCACACUGAUAACUGGGGAGUGUUUCAUCUACUGGAAUUUUAUUACUGGGCAAAGCAGGAGUAAACCCUGCACCAUGGCAGAGAAGUGUGAUUACAUUGCAAGCGUAUACGGUUAUGAUCUGGGUUGCCGAUUCAUCAACUUCAGACCUUUGGGCUUUGGUGUGAAUGGGCUGGUUCUGUCUGCAAUUGACAGCAAAAGCUGCUGCAAAGUCGCUGUGAAAAAGAUCGCCAUCAACGAUGCACAGAGCUUGAAGCACGCUUUCCGCGAGAUCAAGAUAAUCCGCCGACUGGAUCACGACAACAUUGUGAAAGUCUAUGAUGUCUUAGGGCCCAAAGGAGCAGACCUUCAAGGAGACUUGUUCAAAUUCAACGUGGUGUACAUCAUCCAGGAAUAUAUGGAGACUGACCUGGCCCGUCUAUUGGAGCAAGGACCACUUUCUGAGGAACAUGCUAAACUUUUCAUGUACCAGUUGCUCAGAGGCCUGAAAUACAUUCAUUCAGCCAAUGUCUUACAUAGGGAUUUAAAACCUGCCAACAUUUUUAUCAAUACUAAUGACUUGGUGUUGAAGAUUGGUGACUUUGGAUUAGCCCGAGUUGUGGACCAACAUUACUCACACAAGGGUUACCUGUCUGAAGGCCUUGUAACCAAAUGGUAUCGAUCACCUCGCUUGCUCCUUUCACCCAACAACUACACCAAAGCCAUUGACAUGUGGGCAGCUGGGUGCAUCCUGGCAGAAAUGCUUACGGGAAAGAUGCUUUUUGCUGGAAGCCAUGAACUGGAGCAGAUGCAGCUCAUUUUAGAAACGAUUCCUGUUUUCCAUGAAGAGGACAAGGAAGAGCUGCUCAAAGUGAUGCCAACUUUCAUCAAUAGCACCUGGGAGGUGAAAAAGCCAUUACGGAAGCUUCUUCCUGAAGUGAACAGCAAAGCUAUUGACUUUUUGGAGAAGAUACUGACAUUUAAUCCCAUGGACCGGUUGACAGCAGAGAUGGGCCUUCAACAUCCUUUUAUGAGGCCAUAUUACUGUCCUGAGGAUGAGCCUGUUUCCCAGCACCCUUUCCGGAUUGAAGAUGAAAUUGAUGACAUUUUAUUGAUGGAAGCUAAUCAGAGCCAGAUGUCCAACUGGGACAGAUAUCAAGUAAGCUUAUCCUCGGAUUUGGAAUGGCGACAAGAGAAAUGCCAUGAUUUGGACGAGGUGCAACGUGAUCCCCGAGCAGGAUCAGAAUCUAUUGCUGAGGAAGCUCAAGUGGAUCCACGCAAAUAUUCGCAGAGUAGCUCAGAAAGAUUUUUGGAGCAAUCGCAUUCUUCAAUGGACCGAGCGUUUGAAGGGGAUUCUGGGCACUCAUGUGAUUAUAAGGUGGGGUCACCUUCUUACUUAGACAAGUUGCUGUGGCGAGACAACAGGCUCCACCAUUACUCUGAACCCAAGCUCAUUCUAGACUUGUCCCACUGGAAAAGAGCAUCUAUUGCACCCGCAGCAGAGAUAACUCUAGAAGAAGAACCAUCCAACCUUUUUCUAGAGAUCGCACAGUGGGUAACGAGUACCCAGACGGGACUCGAAUGUCCCAAUGCUCUUCCGGAGAUUCAGGAACGGAGUUUGCCAUCUUCUCCUCCGCAUCUCCACAAAGAACCUAAGGAGGUUGACAAGAAAACUGACCCUCAGUUUGACCUGGAUGUCUUCAUUUCCAGGGCCUUAAAACUUUGCACAAAGCCGGAGGAUCUGCCUGAUAACAAACUCAAAGACAUCAAUGGAGCCUGUCUAGCAGAACACCCAAAAGAAAUUGUACAGACAGAAGGGUAUCAUAAAGAGAGGUGGUAAAUAAAGGGACAGAAGUAGGCUUAUAGUAUCCAUGGCUAGUCUCCUCUAAAAUUCAGUUUUAACACAGUACCCACAGAGUGAUGAAUUGUUACCAAGGUUUGAAUGCACAUGGAACACAUCAGCUCUUUAUCUGAUAAUUGUUGGAAUGCCUUCAAAUUAAAGGCAAGCACAAUCCAAGAUCUCGUUUUCUAUGUCUUGGGAGCUACCUAAAAAGUAAUCUGGAGAUGUGAAUGAAAUACUGGGAUUUUUUAUGCUGCCUUAACAGUCUUGCCUUUACCUGUGGACAUCAGCUUUCAGUCCAGAAAAAUCCUUAAAUCCAAAGGAUGCUUUUCUGUUAAUUCUGCAAGUAUUUCAUUCUGUUAUGAGAAUCAUGCAGUGUUAGAGAUUUUCCUGUGGAAAACCAGGCACCUCAGUUUGGAAGUAUAUGAUCCAUACUGGCCUGGCACUUUUCCUGAAAGCCCAAAGACUUUAAUGUUUAUUUCCUCUGUCAUCCUUACUGCUACCUUUGCAAGGCCGGGCAGAAUUACUAUCCAUGCAUUUCAUCAGCUAUCCAUAACCAAGCAGCCUCCAAAUGUGUGGAACUUGCAAAGCUCAGAAUUCCCACCCAACACAACUUUGGGAAAUCUAGGGAUUGCAGCCAGAACUCACGCAAGUGGCCCUAGAUUGGGGAAUGCCAAAUUACAGAAUGAAGCAUUGGCUUAGAGCAGUGUUUCUCAACCUUGGCAACUUGAAGA